AUGAGAGAGAGUGACAGCAUUUGGUUUCCUCCAAAUCAUGUCUUUAAAGUACAGCAUCUGGCUGUAGAAAACUUGCAUUUCAGAUUAAGGUAUUAUUUCCCAGGGUGGUUCAACUCAGGGAAACUCUCUUAUGCACAUCGCUUUGGGGUCUGGAAAGGGUCUGAGAGCCCAGUCAUGGAUGAGACAGUCAUGGCAUAUCAGUUUUUUCAGUGGCGGUGUGACUUCCUGAGUGGACGGGUGAAUGUGCCCAUGAGCCACGAGGCGCAGGAGGAGUGUCUGGGGAUGGCUGUGCUGGACAUGAUGAGACUCGCUAAAGAGAGCGGACUAUCACCUGUGCACGUCUACAACUGCAACAGCUACAAGUCUUUCCUCCCGCGCUCUAUGAAAGACCUCAUCCAGAAGUACAAUAUCUUUAUUCGGAAAAGGAUCCGGUAUCGCUUCUGCAGGUUCAUCCAGCAGUUCGCCGACAGUAAAGCCACACUGUGUAACCUGAAACUCAAAUACCUGAUGAGUCUGGAGAUGCUGCUGCCCUCACUCUACACAGAGUCCUUCACGGCCUCAGACGCCUCCUCCUGCUCCGUCACCAUCGCCAUCUCCGGCAACUCCGGCAUUCAAUGCUCCAAGCAAUCGCCAGGCUCCAGCUGUCCGACUGAACUGCAGACAUACUGUGACUUUCCAGAGGUCAUUCAUGUCAGUAUCAAACAGGCCAAUAAGGAAAGCUCUGCAGAAAGUCGCAUUGUCACUCUAACCAGACAGGACGGCCAGACACUUGAGUUAGAGUUUCUCUCGCAGGCAGAGGCCCUCUCGUUUGUUUCAUUAGUAGAUGGAUAUUACAGGCUGGUAUCAGAUGCUCAUCAUUAUCUGUGCAAAGAGGUGGCUCCCCCCAGGCUUUUUGAAUGCAUUCAAAGCUACUGUCACGGCCCUGUAUCAAUGGAAUUCACAAUCAAUAAACUACGUCAAAGUGGGAACAACCAAGGCCUUUACAUCCUGCGUUGUAGUCCCAGAGAUUACAAUAUGUUCUUCAUGUCCUUUGUGGUUGGGUACGAAUCACUAGUGGAGUAUAAACAUUGCCAGAUUGUGAAGACAGAAGCUGGAGAGUAUAUUCUGAGUGGAGCCAAGAGAAGCUUUGGAUCUCUGAAGGAGCUUAUAAACUGUUACCAGAAGGAGGCGCUGCGCACAGACGGAUACACGUUUCAGCUCACCAAGUGUUGUACUCCGAGCCCCAGAGACAAGUCCAAUUUACUGGUUUGCAGAAACAACCAAGGAGUUGAUUUACCACUUUCUCCACUGCUGCAGAAACACAACAUCAGCCAGAUGGUCUUUCACAAGAUACGGCGGGAGGACCUUGUCAUUACCAAGAGCUUGGGCCAAGGGACAUUCACAAAGAUUUUCUGUGGCGUUCGGAAGGAGCUGGGUGACUAUGGAGAAGUUCAUAAAUUAGAUGUUGUAAUUAAAAUCCUGGACAAGGCUCAACACAACUUGUCAGAGUCAUUCUACGAAGCCGCCAGCAUGAUGAGCCAGUUGUCCCAUAAACAUCUUCUCCUCAUCUACGGUGUCUGCGUUUGUGGGGACGAGAACAUGAUGGUGCAGGAGUACGGAAAGUUCGGCUCGUUGGAUAUCUACUUGAAAAAGAAUAAAAGCAGUGUUAAUAUUACCUGGAAGCUUGAAGUGGCCAAACAGCUGGCUUGGGCCAUGCAUUAUCUGGAGAACAAGAGCCUCAUACAUGGAAACGUGUGUGCAAAAAACGUCCUCUUGAUCCGAGAAGAUGAUCGGAAAACGGGGAGUUUCCCUUUCAUAAAGCUGUCUGACCCUGGCAUCAGCCUCACAGUUCUGGCCAAAGAAGUUUUAGUUGAACGCAUCCCAUGGGUUCCUCCUGAAUGCAUUGAAAACCCCCAGAAUCUCAGUUUGGCAACAGACAAGUGGGCAUUUGGCACGACUAUAUGGGAAAUAUGCAGUGGUGGGGACAAACCCCUUAGCACCCUUGACAGCUUAAAGAAAAAACUAUUUUAUGAGGACAGACAUCAACUGCCAGCACCAAAGUGGACAGAACUGGCUAAUCUCAUUAAUAAUUGCAUGGAUUACAAGCCAUUACAUAGGCCAUCCUUCAAGGCAGUCAUCAGAGACCUCAACAGCCUUUUUACCCCAGACUAUGAGCUGCUUGUGGAGAGUGACAUGGUGCCCAAUAGGACGCGGACAUUUGGCUUUCCCUGGACGUACGACAAUCGGGAACCAGCCCAAUUCGAAGAAAGACACCUCAUUUUUCUGAAACAGUUGGGAAAAGGAAAUUUUGGUAGUGUGGAGAUGUGUCGAUACGACCCGUUACAAGACAGCACCGGAGAAGUGGUGGCAGUGAAGAAACUGCAGCACAGCACGGCAGAACACCUCCGAGACUUCGAGCGGGAAAUUGACAUUCUCAAGUCCCUCCAGCAUGAGAAUAUCGUCAAAUACAAAGGAGUCUGCUACAGUGCAGGUCGACGAAACCUGAGACUAAUUAUGGAAUAUCUUCCUUAUGGAAGCCUGAGAGAUUACCUCAUCAAAAACAAAGACCACAUCGACGGCAACAAACUUCUGCACUACGCUUCUCAAAUUUGCAAGGGUAUGGACUACCUAGCCAUGAAGCGGUACAUUCACCGAGAUCUGGCAACGAGAAAUAUUUUGGUUGAAAGUGAAAUGAGAGUAAAGAUCGGUGAUUUUGGUCUCACAAAAAUGUUGCCACAAGACAAAGAUUACUACACCGUCAGAGAACCUGGAGAAAGUCCCAUUUUCUGGUAUGCACCGGAGUCACUCACACAAAGCAAGUUUUCUGUGGCGUCAGACGUGUGGAGCUUUGGAGUAGUUCUCUAUGAGCUUUUUACCUACAGCGACAAGAACUGCAGUCCUCCAACGGUAUUCAUGGAAGAGAUUGGAAAAGAAAAACAGGGCCAGAUGAUUGUGUACCAUUUGAUAGAACUGCUGAAUAAGGACUUCAGGCUGCCGGCUCCAGACAAGUGCCCUAAAGAGAUUCACAAAAUGAUGGCAACGUGUUGGAGCAGUGACCCUGCAAUGCGCCCAUCGUUUAAGACUCUAAUGAACAAUGUGGGGAGUGUAAGAGAGAGCCACAAUGCCUGGGUCCUCCUUCCUCCUUCGUCGUGCAAGGACGUGUCUUAG